AGAUGUCUGACCCAUCAUACACCGGUAUCUACGUCGACGACAGCGUUGUCAACGUAGCUAGGGACGUCAUCCAGCAACAGGUGACCACUGAUGCCUUCUUCGUCUGCGACGUGAGAGACCUGGAGUAUAAAGUACACUUGUGGAGAAGCGAAAUGCCUAAUGUGACGCCGUUCUACGCCGUCAAGUGCUGCACAGACCUGGUAGUGAUGCGGAUGUUACACUCUCUCGGAGUGAACUUCGACUGCUCCAACAAGGCUGAGAUGGAGAUGGUCAUGCAGCUCGGCGUGUCUCCGGAGCGUAUAAUACUGGCCAAUCCCAUCAAGAGUGUGGAGCACCUGGACUACGCCAAGCGGCACAAUGUCACUCUAAUGACGUUCGACUGCGCCGACGAACUGGACAAAAUCAGGGACAAGAAUGUCAGGUUACUCCUCCGCAUUCAAGGUAACAGCGUGGGCUGCGGCAUCACUAUGAACAAUAAGUUCGGCUGCAGCCUCGCCGACGCUGGCAAAGUGCUCAGGAAAGCUCGAUGCCACAAUCUGAACAUCGUUGGAGUGUCCUUUCACAUUGGAGCGGCAUUUAAGCACCCGACCGUGUUCCAGCGUACCAUCGAGGAUGCAAAGGCAGUGUUUGAUGUUGGCCGUGAGUUAGGCUUCCAAAUGGACACGCUCGAUAUUGGCGGUGGCUUUCCCGGAGGUGCAAGAAAGCUGGAGUCCUUUGUCGAGUUGUGUCGCGUUAUCAGAGAGGCCCUUAUUGUCAACUUCCCGCCAUCCAGUUGCGUCAACGUCAUCGCUGAACCGGGACAGUUCUUCGUUAUUUCAGCGUACACGUUGAUUACCAAAGUUGUUGGCACCAGAAAGAAAUCUGUGAACAUGGAAGGAAAAUUCAGCGAACAUUGGGACGUCUUCAUCAACGAAAGCAAAUGCAACACUAUCAACCGAGACCUGUUCGACCUCAUGGACAUUCACAUAAGCCCUCUGGAGCCUCCUUUCAAUCGACCUCGCGACGUCCUGACGACAAUUUGGGGCGCCACGUGCCACCCCUGGGAUGUCAUCGUGGCGCGCUCACACUUUUUCGCCGUCUCCGAUGGCGAGUGGCUCGUAUUUGACAACAUGGGAGCCUACACGCUCGUCAGUGCUUCGGGAUUCAACGGUUUUGGCUUCCCCCGUGUCCACUACAUCACCUCAGCUGCGUGCUUGCGACUCGUGGAGUUCACGGUUGAUGCGACGCGAGUGCAAAGUGGCUACGGACACAUCGAACGAGCGCUCGAGCAGCGUCCGCUAUAAGGUUCGGGCAUGCCAUGCUCGUAAAACAUGCGUACCACGAAUUUGUCAUUGCAACGUGCUGCGGGUCUGCGUCCAACGCUGGUGACGUUCUAUACUACUUUAUUGGUCAAGAAAUAUUAAGAUGCGAAGGGUUGAAAUGAGUGAAAUGGACAAUAUUACGCUUCGUUCGUGCAACCGCAAACUGUUGCGGACGUCACAAACAACGAGGCUCAACAGUAACCCCAAGAGGUCCCUGGUCUUCUAAGAACA